UCUAACCACACUGUAUUACUCAUGGACACGUUUUGUCGGCCAAGUUGAUUCGGAAGUUGCAUAGGACUAAGCUACGGAAAUCUGGUCGUGAUGUUCUAUCUCACUUUUGAAUUCACCACAACACCAGCAAAUCUUCACACCAUCCACUAAACACCAUAACUAUGUCGACCACCGGUAACAAGACGCAACGUAUGCCUUAUCGGUUUCUCGGCAACUCUGGUCUCCUCGUCUCCAAGCUUUCGCUCGGCAGCUGGAUGGACUACGACGAAAAGUUCACCCCCGACGCUUGGUACGACUUGAUGAAGAUGGCCUACCAGCACGGUGUCAAUCUCUUCGACAACGCCGAAAUUUACGGUCGUGGUCAAGCGGAGAGGAACAUGGGAGCUGCUAUCAAAAAGGGCAUCGCUGAGGGCACUUGGAGCCGUGAGGAUCUCGUGAUCACGACCAAGAUAUUCUACGGUUCAAAGGGUUUCCCCGAAGGUCCAUUCGGUAAGGGUCCGGAGAAGGGAUUGCCGCCUAAUGAGCAAGGCCUGACUCGCAAACACAUCGUGGAAGGCAUCAAAGCCUCACUGAAGAGACUGCAACUGGACUACGUUGAUGUUAUCUUCUGCCACCGCGCUGAUGUCUUCACUCCCAUCGAGGAAACAGUGCGUACGAUGAACUUCGUGAUCGACCAGGGCUGGGCUUUCUACUGGGGAACCAGUUCGUGGAGUGCGGCUCAGAUCACUGAGGCCUGUGAGAUCGCCGAUCGUCUGGGACUAGCGCGCCCGAUCGUGGAGCAGCCAGAGUACAAUCUGAUGGAGCGCAACAAGGUCGAGUUCGAGUACAUUGAUCUGUUCAAGAAGUACAAGCUUGGACUCACGACGUGGUCGCCACUUGCCUUCGGUACGCUCACUGGCAAGUACAGUACUGGAGGUGGUGAUGGCUCGCGUCUUCGAACGCCAGAGUGGUCUGCUGUCGUCCCUGAUUUCGCCGAGCGCGUGGCGAAGGCUGAGAAGCUGAAACCUAUUGCAGAAGAACUGGGAGUCCCGAUGGCCCACCUCGCCAUUGCUUGGUGUGCCAGCAACGACAACGUCAGCACUGUUCUCCUUGGCGCAAAGACCCCAUCACAGCUCGAACAGAACCUAAAAGCUCUCGAAGUGCUACCGCUUCUUACUGCUGACGUGAAGGCCAAGAUUGAUGCAGCACUCCCAUUUGUGCCUCACGCACCGGAUGAGGACUGGGCGUCUAUGAUCCGUCAGCGUCACUUGUAGGUCUGCAGUAUUUGAUUUAUCUUUCCAACAUUUUGUUGGCAAUAAUUGAUCACGAGUGGUGAGUAGAGACUCUGGUGAGCUUCAUUAUUACUUAGUAGGUUCCGUCACGGCAAGUACGUAGUGGGUCUUUAAGUAUCGAUAGUGCCGUCAUCAGAUGCUCAAAAAUGAUAAACCACAGAAAGCAAUUUUCAACACGUCC